UUCACCUGCAUAAGUGUAAUAGUGACCGUGAGCUGGGAUCUAAGGAUGGACUGGGGCCUGCUACAAGGAAAUGGACUGUUAAAAGAGGAGCUUCUUAUCUCCAGAGAGGUCAAAUAUAUAAAAAGUCCUUGUAAUCUGUCCUUAUAAUCAACAAUCCUGCAUUACACUGUAUUGUUAAAUGUUCAUAGAGAAUUUGAAGAUUUACUCUGCAGAUGCAGUGUAACAUGAUGCACCUAAUACUUUGAGCUGUUAUUAUAUAUAGAAGUCUAGCUGAGCUAAAAUUAGAAUUUUUAUGGAUGUUCCAUAUUUAAUCUUAUUAAAAUCUAAUCAUGUUUGAACACUUAGUCAUGCCUCUGUGUGCGUUGGUGUUUUAUUAUAUUUUAACUUCAACAUAUUCUGUUUAUUUUUAUGUGGCGUUUUAGGUUUAUUACUAUGCAGCCAUGUUAGCAGAUGUGCUACUGCGGAUCUCCUGGGCUAUUAAUAUCCUCUUGGCUCAGAUGAAGGAUUCAGCUGCUGCUGUUACUGCUAGUGCCAUACUGGCUCCACUGGAGGUCCUCAGGCGUUCGAUCUGGAAUUUCUUCCGGCUGGAAAAUGAGCACUUGAAAAACUGUGGGCAGUGUCGAGCCGUUCGUGACUUUGAUUUGCCUGCUAGUCCAAUAACCCUGCCACAGCAGAUCCUCACUGAGAAGCUGAAGGACUCGAAUGAGAAGAUCGUCGGCCAUCAGGAAACCGGUACCUCACAGCGUAAACCUUCUAAUUUACUGUUGAGAUAUCUAAGAUCAAGAGUGAAGGAAACACACUUACCAGUUGGGAGCCCAGAGAUGGAGUCAACGUAAUGUCUACAAGGACGACAAAGGAG